UCAUGCAAGAUAUCCUUAAACAAUUCAAGGCUGGUAAAGCACAAACUGAAAAUGCUAUAUUGGAUAAUAUAAACACACCUAUAAUGGCUAGGGAUAUAAUUCCAAAACUUCAAAAACUUGUAGUUAAAAUUAGGUCAUUACCACAAUGUCGUGAACAAUUUAUGCAUCAAGUUAAAGCUGCUAGUCUCAAUAAUUGUAAUCUUAUAUUGAAUAUUAAGACUAGGUAG